AUGGAUGACGACUUUGACUUCGACCUGGCCGAUAUCCCAGCCGAGGAAUUGUUUGCCCUCGUAGACAAUGCCCAGAGUCAAUCUGCCAAUGCUCAGCCCCUUCAGAAAUCCGCGGUUGCCGCGUAUCCCGCCCCCCCAGAUGACAACCACGGCACUAGACACAUUCUCCCUCCGUCGGCGCGGCUCAUUCGCAAUCCUAUAAGCUUUGGUGAUACAGAUGCUCGAACGCUCGAUGCUGGUGUUCUAGAUGAUGGCGGAAAAUCUUUGCUGCUGGACGCGAAGCCGGGGUUUCGAAAUGACAUAAGAGCAGACGGCGCAUCCCUCACUCACGAAGCCAAAGCACGCAAUUCACUAUUAAAUGGAACUUCAGGCUCUGUGAAAGAGCAUGCGCCGCUAUAUAAUGUACCACCAGAGCUUGAGGACACGGCGUCGGAGGAGGAAAUGGAUAUAAUUCACGACGGGGGCAAGGUCAAUGGCAACAGGGAAACAGUGGAUACGGUAGAAUUGAUGGAGCAACUCGAGCAGCUUACGAGAGAGCGUGAGCGGUUAUAUCAAGAAUUAGAAGCGGCUAAAACCGAAUCAGAAACCCGCGCUGGAGAGAUUGCCAUUAUACGGGCGAACCAAGCGAAACUAGAGCAAGGCCAGUCUCGCCAACUAGUAGCGUUGCGGAGUGCUCGAGAUGAAGAGCUAGAAAAGCACCAGGCAGAGAUCGAUGCCUUGGUCAUGGAAAGCAAGCGGCUGACUACCGAAAACCAAUUCUUAAAACAGGACCUGAAGGAAGAAGCUUUUAGGUUCAAUGAAAUGCAGCAAAAUCGUAAAGCCAAAUCCAAGGUAGAUGAUUUGGCCCCGACCACACCAAAAAAGCCAAAGGUACUUCCCCUGAGGGAUGGGUUCGACGACGACGAGUUAAUAGCCUCCCCAACGAAGUCAGCGGGAAGGAGAUCGAAACGAGGAACACCAUCUGCUCCCGGGAAACGCAAACGGACUAUACCAGAUGACUCUCCCAUUGUCCCUGCUCUUCAGCUGAGCCAGUCGUUCGAAUCAGAAACACUGGCAGCUGCAGAACCCCCAAAUGCCAUACAUUCAGAACCAGUACUGGAUAAGAAAUACAGUGAAGACCGUGCUCUUCAAUUAGUGCAGAGAAUUCUCAAGCAUAAAACUUAUCCACGUAAAGUCUCUGACCUUGAGGCUUUUGCGGACAUCUCGUUUCCCAGCGAGCCUGGGAAGAUGUUUUCUUCGUAUAUUCUACAAGCAACGACCACAAAGCCAUCGCAGAAUUUUGUGGUAGAAUAUGGAAAGGCUGUCAUUUCGUUAUGGGCCCGUGCCUUAAAAGAGAAAUUUUACAAGCCUGUCUCUAUGCUCAUGUCUAUUGUCAGGUUCAUUAUUACACUAGAUACUACGACCAUCGCUCCUCUUCUCAUUGCAGAUCUAGUACCGGUAAUAGAGAAGUCAGCAUAUGUCAAUGGAGUCCCACGAUUUACUAACUCCCCUGUUUCGCAUACGAAUUUUGGACAAGUGAAGCAAACGCCACAAAAAGAGCUCUAUCCCCUAGUAAAUGGCACAGAGGCUCUGGAACUGCUUUACCUUGCAGCGAACGCAUGCUCUCACACUGGCGGCGCCCUUCAGCGAGCUUGGCGUUUGAUUUGCUGCGAUUUUAUUCUUAUGAUGCUCAAUUCUUAUCAGCCCAUCAAAGACAUUAUCCUCAUCCUCAACCUCCUCUCCUGCAGCAUUUUCUCCACCACAUUUGGGCCUAUUUUGAACUCACCAGCGGACCAAGUCGCAAAUCAAAACUACUUAAUCGAUCGGAUUGCCAAUUUACUCCAAGAACAGCCCUCCGUGGACGAGGGCGAAACGCCAUACACGUCGUGGGACAUCGCUACCCUACGCUACGAGGCGAUGUCCCUUCUGCAAGAAAUUGCUUUCUCCUGCCCUUCCCCGACGCCGCAGCAAAAUUACGCAGCUCGUAUGAUCGCCACGCAUCCGAGCGCGCUGGCACGCGUGUUCCGUGCGAUGCAUGACGAACUCGAUUCUCUCUACUCAUAUCCGCCAGAGCGAGAGCUUCGCGCCGCAACCGUCAAUGGCCUUACGCAUUUAGCAUACGGAGUCAUCAUGACGUUUCCGGACGUGGUCGAUCUGCCGACAAAACUGCGCGGGUUCCCAGGCGCAGUACAAAAACACCUGGUGGUGCUCACGCGGCUGGCGUUUAGUGAAGGGCCUGUUCUCGAGGCCGGAAUUACGGACGAGACGGUUGAAAUGGCGCAUGAGAUGCUAGAAGACACGGUCAAUCCGCAGGAGGCGGAGGCGUUGCUAGAAGCAUUUCGCCCGUCAAAAACACUCCAGCGAACAUUGCCUGAUACAUGA